AUGAAUCAUGGAGAGCAGGAAGAUACGGGCGAGGUGGCUCUGGCUGCUCAUUCCUUGGAUACAAGUGAAUAUAGAUACCCCGGGGUAGACGACGCGAGAACUAUUUGUGGUCGAGAGUAUGAUCGUUUUCUAGCCGGACACAAGGAUAACCCCUUCACCAUUUUCACACGCGUAUCAGAAUCGGACUUCGUCGAGCUCGACCGUGCUGGUUUUAGAAGACUUGAUUACAUCGCUUCGUUUCGAAAGCUAGCCAUUACUACGCCCACUGCUCCCCAUGAAGAGGCCGGCACCCGUUUUAGCGCUCUGGUUAGCUUGAAGGCCCAGGAAAUGGGAGUCUGGCGCUUGCUGUCAUCAAGAGGAAGCACCACCAUGGAAACCCAAGAAAGGAAAAAAGAGCCAGAUGCUUCGUGGGGCCCGCGCCAACGAUAUUCGGAAACCAAUAUAAAAUGGCCAACUGUUGUCCUUGAAGUCGCAUUUUCAGAGCCAAAAGACAAAGUCAAGGACGACGCGUGGUGGUGGCUGUAUCGGUCUAAUGGGGCUGUGCUGAAAGUGAUUACAAUUGACAUCAAAAGGGAAUCUGGCAAUGUCUAUGUCACUUUGUGGGAGCGCGGUGCGGCGCCGAGCAGGCAGCAUCCCCGGCCAGAGGCCAGGGCCGUUAGCACCUUGAACAUCUUCAGAGGCCAACAUGGGAAUCCCGCUCGGCUGGAGGGGACGGAUAUGGCCCUCCCGUUCAAGGAUAUGCUACUUCGAGACCCCAACCCCGGCCAUGGGGAGGGCGACUUUAUGUUCUCCCCGGCAGAGCUCCUGGAAAUUGCAGAGAAUGUUUGGGCCGACAUGAGGCUAGCUUCAUGA